AUGGCGAAAGUAAUGAUGGCGCGCGGCGCAUUAAUGCGCCGUUUGGCUUUUCGAGGUAUGCCGUUUCGCGCGCUCACCCUUGAGCAAACGAGAGCUCUGUUGAGGCGAUUUCCGACAAGAGCUAACGGUAACCAGGCGAUUUCCGGUACUACUAACGGUAGGAAGGGCGAUUCGUGUCCAGGCGAUCUGAAGCACAGUCUGCGUCCAUUUCCAGAAGUUGAACUAAGGUACCGUUCGAUGUCCGAUAGCGAGUCUUUCUCCGAGCGUGAGCCCAACGCGUUCGAUGAGGAGUCAUCGGAAAGUCUCUUUGACUCCGAUGUUGAAGCGGCAGGGCCUGAUGCCGAGGAGGGAAGUGAUACCGAUGUCGAGAUACUCGGCGAAAGGCCUAGCUCCGUCCCUAUACAUGGCAUCGGAAAGGGGCUUAUGACCGCUCCGGUACCGUUGUCUAUUGUCUAUAGCGACGGUCGCCAUGUGGGGCUUGGCGCCCCUGGGGAUGCGAGCGGUAGUCACCAACCAGAGGCCUCCACUUCCGGCCGUGGUGAGCCAGCUGCCGAACCAUCCAACCAGCCGAGGGUCUAG